AGAUAAGGUUAUAUCACUGCAGUACAUCAGGAUUGUCCAGCUGUGGGCGUGUUUCUUCAGCGUCAGAUCAACGUCACACACAGAUGCGGAAGUUCAUGUCACCGUGGAGAACGUAAACUGAUAUCAAGUGACUUCAGAAAAGGCAAGAAGCUGCAAAAGAAAGGAAUCAUGAAGAUUAAAGCAUGUUAACUCAGAGCAAAGCGCGCAGAGGUGAUCCACCUGUGCGCAGAUGUCCCGGGGUAGAACUUAUUACGGACAGACCUUUGCGCUUUGAGACCCGGUGCGACUUUGUGGAUGUGGACUCUGCGGGAAAUGGACCGACGGGAGGUCAUCGUGUGCAUCGCAAAAUUUAGUCUUUUCACUUUUCUGCGAUAGCUGCAAUCACGACUCCAAGAGUAUCUGAUGACUGGACUGAGGAGGAUGUGAUUAGCUGGUUCUGAAAGGGGGCGGGGUUUAUUGGGGUUUAUUUAGUCUAAGUGGGAGGAGAUGCAGGGUGGGAGGGUUAAGUUAAGGUGUAAUUCCAUGAUGAGCCUAAACAAAACUCAAGGAGAGAAGAAGGUUAAAACGGUUUCGAACAGUAUGGAGAGCCUGCAGGAGCUGAGGCAGUUUCCACGGCAACUACAAGGACAUGCAAAGACUAACCAUGUUCUGAGACGGUCAGACCCAAGGUCAGAGAAGAUUGCCAAAGCCAAGUGGGACUUUCUGUUUGGGGCACCAUCUGAUGAAUGUUGUUUUACUGAAGGUGCUACCUCGGUGGCCCCCAGCAGGCGCUCCGCCGGCUCCUCUGUCCGAGCUAGCCGGGACAGUGUGGGGCAGAGGCUUCUGCAUCACAAAGUACAGCAGAUUGAGGUGGAGCUGUUCGCCCCCGACCCUCACAGUUCCAGCUCUGGAAUCAUCCGCAGAACUUUGAAGUACUCUGAGACUGACCUGGACGCAGUGCCUCUGCGCUGUUACCGGGAGACGGAUCUGGAUCAGGUGAUGCAGGCUGAAGCUGACGUGUUUGAGGAGAAUGAAGCUGAGGUGGACUCUGCCUUUGGGAGUGACCGCAGUAUUCUUGGAGCUUCCAGUUUCAGUCCUGAGGAUGUAGAAGCUAAACAGAAGAACUCACACAAUGAGGAACCCACAGUGGGCCCCCCUGGCAGAGGAGAGAAGGGCCUCAGAACUUCCAGAGAGAUGAUAAGACCUUUGGAUACAGGCCCUGACUCUCACUGCGCUCUCAAGUCUCCUGUGUCCUUGAGCAGUCCGCGCUGUUCCUCUGACAGCAACCUGGACUCUUUCAGCCGCCAUUUUGAAAACAUCAUGGAGUCACACCGAGCCAAGGGUACCUCCUACAGCAGUCUGGACAGUGUGGACGUCCUCACCACAGGGUCCACUUCAGUCUUUACCUUUGACCUUCCCACACUCACCCCUGAGAUACAGACACAGAUUUCUGACACAGCCCGGCAACUGAUGGACCUAAGCUUUGCCCCUCUGUCCCGCUCUCUCCUCCCUGGUGCCUCAGUGACCUCUGCAUCUGAAGGGUCCCCCAGUGCCUCCAACCAGACCCAGGACUGUCACAUGAACCGGGAUCAGUCCUCAGUCCUCAACAUGGGCUCAGGUCCAAAAGAAGGCUUUAAAAAAGUCAGCUCUGCUCCAUCUCUCCACAGCAGUGUCAGGGAACAUGUGAAGUGCCCCCCGGAGCUACUGUACCCUCAGUCUGAUGUGGCACAACGUUUGGCCCGUGCAGACAGCAUCGAUGCACUGAACGGGCUCAAAGCAGACCUGCAGGCUGCCAAGAGGCUUGCCCAACGCCUCUAUAGCCUGGACGGCUUUAAAAAGUCUGAUGUGGCCAGACACCUCAACAAAAAUAACGAAUUCAGUCGCUCUGUGGCCGAGGAAUACCUGAGCCUCUUUGACUUCAGCGGCCUCACCAUUGACCAGGCUCUCAGGUUAUUUCUGAGGCGCUUGGCUCUGGUGGGAGAGACUCAGGAGCGAGAGCGACUCCUCACACACUUCUCUCACAGAUACACACAGUGUAACCCGCACUGCCUCAACACAGAAGACAGCGUCCACACCUUGACCUGUGCUGUCAUGCUGCUCAACUCAGACCUCCAUGGAAAUAAUGUGGGGAAGAGGAUGUCCUGCAGUCAGUUUAUCACAAACUUGGAGGGACUAAACGAUGGAAAGGACUUCUCCAAAGAGCUCUUGAAGACGCUGUACACGUCCAUCCGGAGUGAGAAACUGCAGUGGACUAUUGAUGAGGAGGAAGUGCAGAAGCCUGGGACCACUGUGGCACCAGACGCUCGAAAAGACUCUGCAUCCCACACACUGAAGCGUCAGGGGCCCAGCGGGGCCCCUCUGCUCAGCAUGGCCCAGCAGGCCAACGAGCAGCUCCACAAGAGUGGGGUCUUGGUGCGCAAACUUCACGCUGACCAGGACGGCAAGAGAACUCCUCGAGGUAAAAGAGGAUGGAAGUCUUUUUACGGCACCCUGAAGGGGCUGGUGCUCUACCUGCAGAAGGAGGAGUACCGUUCAGGGCAGGAGCUGUCCCAGGAGGACCUGAAGAAUGCAGUGUCUGUGCAUCACUCUUUGGCCAUGAGAGCCGUGGACUACAGCAAACGAGCCAAUGUCUUCUAUCUGAGGACUGCCGAUUGGAGAGUGUUCCUCUUCCAGGCUACGAGUGCAGAGCAGAUGCAGUCCUGGAUCACUCGUAUUAACAUAGUGGCAGCCAUGUUCUCCGCUCCACCCUUCCCUCCAGCCAUUGGCUCUCAGAAGAGGUUCAGUCGACCCCUUCUUCCAGGGUCCAAUACCAAACUGUCCCAGGAAGAGCAGCUGAAAUCCCAUGAAAAUCGCUUCAGAGCAGUGUCUGCUGAACUGACUGAAGUCAUCGCAGAGUCCAAGUUCAAAGGUCGUGAUGUAGAGGAGCAGAAACAACGGCAGGAGUACCUGGAGUUUGAGAAAACUCGCUAUGGCACCUAUGCCAUGCUGAUGAGGGCAAAGCUCCAGUUUGGCACAGAGGACCUCUCUGCCUUUGAGUCUCGUCUGUUAAGUGAUAGUGGUCUCCACAGAGCCCACUCCAGCCCUGCCUUGCCCCAGUACAGCUCUUUAAAGGACAGGGGCCCCAGCAGCAGGUCCAAGAGUCUCAAAGUCAUCUCCACUCACACCAAAGAGGAGAGUCUGAAUGGGACCAAGCCGGACAGCAAAGCAGAAAACAAGACUGAAGUAUCCUAAUGCGAAGUGAAAACAUCAUGAGUUUCCUGCUGAUGGUCAAGAUAGAAUAUGUAAAAUGUACUAACAGCAGUCAGAUGCCAUCCAGGUAUUGCCUCAUUCACUCCACAAAACACUUAUUUCACCCGUGGAGCUUAACAAGAGCUUUAUACUUGUUCUUUCUGAUCAUGUCAAGGUACCACCUUAUUCUUUUAUUGUCUGUUAUAAUGACAGUGAGGACUUGUGCAGCUCGUCUUACUAUGUUUGAUGCACAGAACAUGGACAUUCCAGAUAAAACGUGUCACACCAAUCACUGCCCUUACAAUCACAGCCAAAACACUCUGGCUCACCUGUCCAGUCCAGUGCAUGUGGACACACUCCUACUCUGGACACUUUAGUGUUACUGUUUGGGAGGACUGGUUCAAGGCUGUAGCCUUAUACAUUUUCAACCUACAUUUGUGUUGUUGUUUUUUCACAAGGAGUAUAAUGUAUAUUUUGAAGAAAUGGCACUUUAAAUUAUUUUUUUGUGCUUUUUAUGUUGUUUUUUGUGGACUGUAUUUUUCAUAUUUUCUGAGUUAGCAUCACAGUGCUGUAUUAUUAGUCUGAGCUGUAGCUGUGUAAAGUAUAAUCUGACCAAGCUUUGCAAUGCUGUAGAUACACAUAUAUUCAGUAUAAUCUACACAAAGGCCAAAAUACAUAGUACAUUCCCUGUUACAUAUUCCAUGGAAUAUUACUAAAAUACUUGACUAUUAUUAUGGGCCCACUCAUGUGACAUGAUUCCACUGUUGGGGAAACUUUUUAUUUGAACAUUUAUAAUGUCCCUAAAAUGAGUUUGAGUUAGACUUUAUCCACAGAUGUGGUUCUGGAGUAUCGACUGAUCCACAGUACAGUUUGGCCUGGUGUAACUUUAGGAGUUUGGUCUUCUGUACCAGAUGCUGGCAGCCUCCACAUGUAAAGACCAAGGAAACAUCUCCUAGAUACAAUUGUCUGACUUUAUUGUGUAUUUGCUGUGGCUGCUGUGGCCAGCACUUACAGGGUUUUUCAAACUUUGCUGUAAGCUAUAUUAACUAUAAACUAACCACUGUUGUCUUUUCAAUCUCCACCAGACACAAAUUCCCUUCAUUUGUAACUUGUUUACAAAAGAAGCUUAAUAUUUAAUGCUUAGUGGACAAUGGCACCACCGCUGUUCCAAGCUCCUGCUUUUGCCCCAGGCAAAUGCCUGCUUGGCCUGUUGUUCCUUCCAUCAGUAUUGUGUUAAACAGUAUAUGCAGGUUAUAUAAAUGGUAUUUUGAUUUUUGGGAGCCAUUCCAACUUGAAGCUGAAAGCCUUGUUAUGCAGAAGUGUACAUGACUUCACAUUGAAAAGCCAUAUUGCAGUUAGCAUAGGCUGCAUUUUAGGGUACUUAUUUUGUUUUUAAAUACUAAAUUUCAGACCAAGCAAUUUAUUUAUUCUUUCAAUCAACAGCAAAAGUUAAUAUAUUUUGGAGAUUAUAUUUUUUUAGCCUUGUGGUGAGUAUUUGCUGCAGCUGUACAUAAUGUCAACCUCAAGUUUUGGUUUCUGUAUUUGUAUCACGUCAAAGAACAAUAAACAA